AAUAAGUAAGUGAAAGAAGUAAUCAAGUAAAUAAGAAAAUAAAUAAAUGGAUAAGUAGGACUAGACGGAUAUAUACUUCAUGUUUUUUACAUUCAAUGUUUUUUUUUUCUUUCUCUCUGUCUGUCCCCAGAUAAUAUUCCCAAGAUGCUGUUAUAUCUCUCUUUGCUUUUUACCGGUUCUCUGUUCGUAGUGCAAGCAGAUAGCCGAGUUACCUGGAAUGGAACCGAGUUGGAAGCGAACACUGACUCCUACCAUCAUGGAAUCGAACCAAGCUGGAGGCAAACCAACUGGACUCUGGAUUCGGAAGUUUGUCCCGGAGGCUAUUCCCUAGUGGGCGACAAAUGCCUCAUGUUUGUGACCUUUAUUACUCAACCAUUUGGGGAAGCGAGGCAGUUCUGCCAUGCAGCCCAAGGGGAACUGGCUGCCAUCACCACGGCCACGGACUUCAAGACUUUAGUCGAUUACAUGCAUGCCAACGAUUUCACCAGCGGAGAUUUCUGGCUAGACGGAACCGACGAAGCAGAAGAGGGCGUUUGGGUGACGUCGUCAGGAGAAGUCAUGCCCUUAGGAACCCCCUUCUGGGCCGCAUUUGGAACCAGCCAGCAACCAGAUAAUGGCAGUGGAAAUGAAAACUGUCUAUCCCUUCCAUCGGUUUGGUUUUUCUACAUGAGUGACAACCCUUGUUCUGCUCUGAAACACUUCAUAUGCGAAGCGACCAUACCGCCGCAGAAAAAGGCCGCAAGCGCAGCGCUGGCUCCCCUCGGCCCGUCGGCGGUGGGCGGCCGCGUCGAGUGCCCCAUCCUCUUCGUGGAGGUGGGAGGCCUGUGCAUGAUGUUCAUCACGUGGGAGAAGGAAACCUGGGAGAACGCUCGGCAGGCGUGUGCGGGAGCCUCUAGUGAGCUCUUGGCCAUCACCGACGUCGAAGUGUUGCGAGCUCUGUAUCUCUACAUUCAUCAAGAUAAUUUAUCAGGCCACGCCUUCUGGCUUGGAGGAUCCGAUUUAGCGAGUGAAGGAACAUGGGUUUACACCACAGGGGAGCCUGUGCCCAUGGGCACCCCUUUCUGGGGUCUUUAUGAAAUGACUGCUCCGAUCCAGGAACCCAACGGAGGAACCGGCCAGAACUGCCUCGCGAUCACUGGCCAUGGUCAUUACAAUUUCAGGGACUACUCGUGUAUUUCUCAUUUUAACCCACUGUGUGUCUAUACUGGAUAAGCAAAUGACACGGGAAACGCAAACAAAACAUAGAAUGAAAUUUACAAAAUAGCAAUUCCUAUCCCUUUUACUUUUGUCUCGUAAGCAUUCCUUAGGUACAUUUUCAAAAGUUAGUAAUAUGAGGUGCAUUUAAAUAAUACAGCCUUGGGUCCUGCUCCAUUUACAUCACAGUCUCCUGUUUUGUUUAUGUCACUUUUCCUUAUUUUCUUUUUAGUUCUAGUCCACAGACAUUCUCACUCUUACUUUUAUUCAUACACACAUAAACCAAAUUAGUGUUACAUGUAAUAACAUUCCCUAAGUUAUGUCUUUCAGUCAGCAGUAAAAGUAAAUAAAUUAAUAAAAAUGUAAAAUAAGUUAAUAAAACUGUAGCUAUUGUAUACUUCAUUCAAGCAUUUAAUAAAUUUGUCCCUCAUU